AUGAAAGCUUCGGAUAACAUUUGGAUUAAGACCGUGGUAUUAAUCAUUGUUUUAAUAUUAAUUUUCUAUUAUGCUUCCUUUCAAAUAAAUCAUUAUGGAUUAAAGACGGCAUUUACAAAUGUCUAUCGAAGUCUGAAUAAAACUCGAUUAUUAGAGAUGUUUAUUUCAGCUGCUUUUACGCCAAUGGCAAAUCGUACAAGUACUAUCAUGAACAAUUCUAUUAAUUUCACUUUUACUACUAUGAUGCGCCCAAUUAAUUUUAAUACUAGUACUACCAUCUUGCAAUCUUCGAUCACUACUACUACUACUAGUACUACUACUUCUAGACUAUCGACGAUCAGUACUACGACAACGACUGGUCGUCCAACUACUCUUGAUCCAGCUUUUUUGCUUGUUGAAAGGCCUCCACUUCCUUCAAGCACUAAGAAUAAAACUAUCAGAGGUUCUCUAGCUGUUUUCAUCUUUCAUACCCAUCAUCACGUGCUCGCCGAUCUUCAACUUUAUCUGAUUCAAAAACUUACUACUGAUUUAGUAGCUAUUAACUUGUUUACAGAUGGAAAAGCUUCGGAAGACAUGCACAAGGUUGCCAAAACUCAUAGAGCUGAAGUUUUCAGUUUUUUACCAGAACAGCACUCGCCGAAAGCUGGACCUUCAGAAAAAAAUGCUGAGGUUGUUAAUUGGGCUGUAUCGACAAGAGCUAAACGUUAUCUUAGCAAUGGUACUGCGAUUCUAUUGCUCGAUGGUGAUGUUUUUCCAUUGAGUCCAUUUGAUUCUCAAACAUUAUUAAACUCUCGAGAUUUAAUGUGCCGAAAACAUCCAGCACUAUUUUCACGAUUUUGUUGGAUUGGAUUUAUUUGUUUAGGCCCACAAUUGUUUAGUACUAUUGAUGAGUUUGAUGUAUCGGCGACUCGUCGUCAAGGUAAAGGUUUUGAUUCUGGUGGUAAAACAAUUGAUUAUUUAUUGAAAUAUGAGAACAUAUCAUUUUCAUGGAUGAAAGAAACAAUUUUACUUAAUACCGACAAAGAUUUAUUUUGGGGCGCGAUUAAUGAAGAUAUUCGAUGGAUUGGAAGUCAUUUCGACCGAUGUGAUAAAUGUGGACCUGAAGUAUUCUUUUCGCCAUUCGAUAGUAGUAACGCUGUUUUCUAUCAUAUGAUUAGUGCAACUUCAGAAUGGAGAUUCGGACAUCAAAGUUCACGAAGAAAAUCAAUAUACGAAGCUGUAAUGGGUUCUCCUUAUGGACCUAAUAAAAAAUUAGUCACAAGUGAUAUCAUGGCUUCCGUGAAAAAAAUUCAGAAAAUGGAAACAAUACCUUUCAGUGGAAAUUUAAGUUGUGCAAAAGUAUGCAAAGGCAAAUGA